AUGCGUAUCCCAACCAUCGUCCUCCUCUCCAGCGUCGCACUCUCGCUCCUGGUCACCGCCGAGACCACGCCCCCUGCUGCUGCUGCCGCCGCCGCCGCCGCCGCCAUUGCUCCUAUUUCAGCAAACGUCGCUGCCCCAGCAGCAGACACCACCCAACCCAAAGACAUGGAACCCCUCAGCUCCUUAAAGAUGAACGAAGACGGGAAGACCUACCCCGUCGGGAAUGGCAUCGUCUUCACCAAGACGACCUUUGUCGUCGACGACAAGAACAAAGAUAAAUCUGGCACCAAGGACGAGGCGGAAUUCAGUGUACAAGGAUUCUUGGACGACCUUUUGGGAAUUGAUAUCAGCCUCGGAGGUGGUGGUGGCGGUGGGAAGAAAAAGAAGAAGGAUCCCCCUUCUGGUUCGACGACGACCCCACCGGCUGAAGAGACGGAUCCGGAUUAUAUCCCGUUGUAUGGGGAUGACGGGUAUAGGCCUCGUCCGGUGCCUAAGAGGUGUCCGGAGUUGGUUUUCUUGGAUCAGAUGAUCUGGGACCAGCAGGGUAACAACGGAUCAAUUGAGGGUCCCGCAUCCACCACACCUCCCGUCUCCUCUCCCGCCGACGCCUCUGCUUCCUCUCCAUCUGAAGCAGAUGCCGACAAGAAUGCCUCCGAGAUCGAAAAGAGGAACGCCCCCGCCGCCGCUGCCGCCGAGGACAAGGCAACCACCACCACCACCGAACUCAAGGACAAGGACGAGAAAGAAAAGCUCAUCACAAAGAUCAACGCCUCCGCCGUAACAGUCAUCGACCCCAAGGACCUCUCCAACGACAAGGACCCCAAGAAAGUUGACCCCAACGGCAUCCAUAUCUGCCUGCUGGGCGGGUGCAAUGACGACGAUAAUGAUGACAAGCCAAAACGUCGUAGGGUCCGUCAUAAACAGAAGAAGUUCUUGAGACAGUUCAAGGGUAAGGCAUUGAAGAUUGACGGUCGUACCGGGUGCCCUAUUCCCUCCGGGGCCUAG